AUGACACCAGGAAAUCUAUCAAGUCCUGCAGAAUUCUUCCUUUUGGGCCUCUCAGAGGAUCCAGAAAUGCAACCCCUGCUCUUUGGGCUCUUCCUGUCCAUGUACCUGAUCACGGUGGCUGGGAACCUGCUCAUCAUCCUGGCCAUCAUCUCUGACUCCCACCUCCACACUCCCAUGUACUUCUUCCUCUCCAACCUGUCCUUUAUAGACAUCUGUUUCACCACCACCACGAUGCCCAAGAUGCUGGUGAACAUCCAGACACAGAACCAAUCCAUCAGUUACAGAGGCUGCCUCACCCAGAUCUGCUUUGUCCUGAUAUUUGUUGGACUGGAAAAUGGCAUUCUGGUAAUAAUGGCUUAUGAUCGAUUUGUGGCCAUCUGCCACCCACUGAGAUACACGGCCAUCAUGAACCCAAAACUCUGUGCAUUCCUGGUUCUGUGGUUCUUCUUCCUUAGUGUUGUUGAUGCCCUGCUGCACACUUUGAUGGCACUGCGACUGUCCUUCUGCACAGAUCUGGAAAUCCCCCACUUCUUUUGUGAAUUAGCUCAUGUCCUCAAACUUGCCUGUUCUGAUAUCCUCAUAAAUAACAUCUUGGUCUAUGUAGUUACCAGUCUUUUUGGUGUCCUUCCACUUUCUGGAAUAAUUUUCUCUUAUACUCAGAUUGUCUCCUCAGUCCUGAAAAUUCCAUCAGCUAGUGGAAAGUACAAGGCUUUUUCUAUUUGUGGCUCACACUUAGUAGUUGUUUCCUUAUUCUAUGGGACAGGCUAUGGGGUCUACCUAAGUUCUUCAGACACUCACUCCUCCAGGAAGAGUGCAAUAGCCUCAGUCCUGUACACUGUGGUUACUCCUAUGAUGAACCCCUUUAUCUACAGCCUGAGAAACAAGGACAUGAUGGGGGCUUUUAGAAAAGUCAUCUCUAGAAUGUUUUCUUUCCAUUGA